AUGCAUGAACCCAUCUCUGGAUUUUAUCGACAUGGAUUAGCCUCAGAACCCUUGACGCUAGAAAACUUUGAAAAAUUUGACGUUGCAACUUGUCUCAGCCCAAUCCGCCUUAGGGUCUGUUUCGGGCACGUGCCAUCUACCGAGUCAGUUUUCCCCAUGGUCAAUAACAAAGCCCGUGGCCAUUGCUAUGCCUUCCAUUGCUGGUUACAUUCGGGUGUUCGAUCUUUGAACAGGGGUGUGAAAAGCUACAGCUCGGCCUACUAG